UGACUAAAGCAUUAUGGGUAGAACAUGGGGUGAAUUGCGUAAGGUUACCAUCGGUCUGAGAACCGGCGGAUGCGGGGAGUGACCCGAUUCUUGGUCCAGUGACUGGACUCCAGUCGCUGCCCGAUGCAGCGGAUCGCCGGCCUCGCUGCACGCCGGGACCUCCGCGGCCUCGCAGCCGGGGCUCAGGCCUGGAGCAGCGGCUCCAUCUGCAACAGGGACCCGGCGUUCCGGUGCCAACAGCGGGGGAGAUGGUGUUCGGGUCCUGGGCGUCCUUUAAGCACCGAACCCGGGCAGAGAUGCUCCAGGCGGAAGUUCGUGUUUGCCGGGGGGAAAUGCAGACUGUUCAGCUCCCGGGCAGGAGCCGAGGAGCCGCCGGGGAGCCCCGGAUCCCAGCCCCACAUCUCUGUGGUGGGCAUCCCGGACCCGCUCACCUGGAUCCGGUGUAGAGUCAUAACGCUCCUGAUUGAGCUUUACUUUGAGGUGGACAUCAACUCUGCAGAGUUUCACAGAGGAGUAAAGCAGGCUUUGGUCCAUGUUUCCAGCAAGAUGUCCAGAGGGAGAUACCAUGAGCUGAAAGGGGUCGUGACCGAUGAGAUGAGGGAAUACGUGGAGGAGAAGUGCAAGCCUCUCACUAAGGCGCAGAGGAAGCAGCUCGCCGUCAAAAUGGAGGACAUCAUAUUUGUGCUACCGGAGGACCUCUCUGUUGUCUUCGAUGAACACGGUAGGAAGUUCUGCUUUGUCGUCAUGAGAUUUUGGUUCCUGUCGUCACACGAGGGUCCGGAUGACCCAGAGGGCACCAAAAUCUUCAAGGUGACCUCUGGAGAAGACGGGAGCCCUCAGAAGAAACUGGCAACCGCAGUUUAUGAAUUCCACGGAGAGCUAAAACCAGGGACGUCUCCUGAUUGGAUGGUAACAACCGUCUGGCACUGGCACUGGAAAAUGGCCGAGUGAAUUCACUUUGCAACAACGUCAGGAUUAAUCUGGAGAACUGACUGCUGGAUUUAAACGGUUUGAAACAACGCACAUGAUGCAGAUUUCAGUCACGGGAGAAAAGACUCGGCAGUAUGAUGGAAAAAUAUGUAAGGUUUUACAUAUCAGGACAUAGAAACAUCUUCAAAUUGUUUUAAAAUUUGGGUAAAUACAACCUCAAAUGAACAAUUUUAGACGUAUUGCAUCAUUCUCCCAAAUGCUGAAAAUCUUGGAAAAACAUAAUCAAUGACAGAUAAUAGAAUAGAAAAUCCUUUAUUGUUAAAAAAACUGUUGGAAAAUUCAACUGUAACAACAAAUAUACUUAACAACAAAUAUACUUGCAAAUGGAAGCAUUAAUAUUGAAACUACGGUAAGAAAUAUAAAACCUGAACAUGUAGAUUUUGGAAAUGAAACUGGGAAGGGUUCUAAAAGGUCUCAAAUUGACUUUAGUUUUCAACAAAAGAAUUUUAAAAAUCUUUAAGUGAGAGCUAUUAUGUAAAAUGUACUUUUAUAAAGCUUUAUGUCAUCUUAUAAUGUUAUUGAGUGUUAUUACUCUGACUCAUCCAUUGCAUGGUUGAGAAAUCCUUGAAUUUUAAGAUACGACUAUGAUGCAAAGUCAAAUUUCCUUUAAGUUGUUUUUGAAACAUACAGCAUCUUCAUAAAACUGGAAAUAAUAUAGUUACUUGACUGUGCUGUAAAACGGCACGAUGUGGGUCACUCUUUUUGUAUUUAGCCGAGUUUAUUAAAUUAAUUAAAAGCAGAUUUGGGUGAAGCAAAAUUCACUUUUGAGUAAAAGUCUCUGGUGCUUGAAGAGAAUGCAGAAAGCGAAUCCUUUGUACUGUAUCCAACAUUUUACUUGUUUGUGAUAAUUUUGUCCUAAUUAAAGAAAGAAAGUCUCCAUUUAUAUCAAGUACUAGAUAUAAAUGGCCCCUGGGCUGCACUUUGGACACUCAUGAUUUAGCUGGUCUAAGGGUAAAAAUGACUCUCAAAGGAAACAACCAAGCUGGUGUAAUGGGACAGACACUGCAUCUGCAAAUAUUGCUCUGAAAAUGUACAUUUUGUUUGUCUGUUGUUGCUUUUACCUUAUUUUAAGACCUGUUUAAGACUGUGUACUUGUACGUUCUUAUAUGCAAAGCUAAGCAUUGAACAUGGGUGAGCCUGCUGUAAGCAAGCCCAUAUCCCACUUGAAUUAUUCCCUUGAUGCCUUCAACGCUCCAGAACUAAAUGUUGCCACAAACAAGCUUCACCUCCACUCCUUUAAGUUAGUUGUUCUUUUUUUUAUGACUUUACCAACAGAAACCCAUUUGACAUUUCAUCAGAUAAUUAAGUAUGCAAUCCCCAAAACAACUUGUUGAGCCAUAAACUGAAAAAAAUCAACUUUCUCUUUUUUACUCCAAAGUCUAGAAUGUGACUCGGGACGACUGAGUUUUAUUAUUUUGUUUAAAUAAAGUGCUUGAUCUAAACUGAA